AUGAGAGACCCAGCCUUCCCGGGGCUCGCGAUGGCUUACCACCCGUUCCACGCUCCCAGGCCGUCCGACUUCCCCAUGUCCGCCUUCCUCGCCGCCGCGCAGCCCUCCUUCUUCCCGGCGCUCGCCCUGCCGCCGGCCGCGCUGGGGAAGCCUCUGCCGGACCCCAGCCUGGCCGGGGCCGCCGAGGCGAGCCUGCACGUCUCGGCCCUGGGGCACCACCACCCCGCGGCGCAUCUGCGCUCGCUGAAGAGCCUCGAGCCGGAGGAGGACGUGGAGGACGACCCGAAAGUCACCCUGGAAGCCAAGGAGCUCUGGGACCAGUUCCACAAGCUGGGCACCGAGAUGGUGAUCACCAAGUCGGGAAGGCGGAUGUUCCCCCCUUUUAAAGUGCGGGUGAGUGGCCUAGACAAAAAGGCCAAGUACAUUUUAUUAAUGGAUAUUGUGGCUGCCGAUGAUUGUCGCUACAAGUUUCACAACUCGCGCUGGAUGGUGGCCGGAAAGGCGGACCCGGAGAUGCCCAAGCGCAUGUACAUCCACCCGGACAGCCCCGCCACGGGAGAGCAGUGGAUGGCCAAACCCGUGGCUUUCCACAAACUCAAGCUCACCAACAACAUCUCGGAUAAGCACGGCUUUACCAUCCUUAAUUCGAUGCACAAAUAUCAGCCGAGAUUCCAUAUAGUCCGAGCGAAUGACAUUCUCAAGUUACCCUACAGCACUUUCCGAACUUAUGUGUUCCCUGAAACAGACUUUAUAGCAGUAACUGCUUACCAAAACGACAAGAUCACACAACUGAAAAUAGAUAACAACCCAUUUGCAAAAGGAUUUCGUGAUACCGGCAAUGGAAGGCGAGAGAAAAGGAAACAGCUUACGCUGCCCUCGCUUCGGAUGUACGACGAGCAGUGCAAGCCGGAUCGAGACGGGGGCGAGUCGGAUGCUUCCUCGUGCGAACCGGCCCCCGUGCGGGACUCGCUGCGCUCCCCCUUGGGCACGGCCCCGAGUCCCUUGAGGCUGCAUCGCGGCAACAGAGAAGACAAAGGUAGUGACCAAGAACUAGAAAAGCUCCCGGAAGGGAAGAGGCCCAGUCCCAGCCUGGGGAACUGCAGCCCUCGCAGCAAUGGCAGCUCCUGCUUGCAAGGAGACGAGGCCGGGAAGGAGAGGAGCGGCAAAGCCAGCGAGACCUCCAAGGACAGCUUGGAGGGGGUCAUUUUCAACCCGCUGGGCUUGGAGAAGGACAAACAGGAGGGCCGGAGGAAAGAGCUGCCGCUGCCGCACGAGGGCUCCAAGAAGGAGGCCCAGGGCGACUCCACGCCGCUGGGGGGCAGCAAGGAGGCCUUCACCCCGCUGAUGGUACAGACGGACAGCCCCCCGCACCUGAGCGCCGGGCACCUCCAGAGCCUGGCCCUCUCGGGCCUCCACGGCCAGCAGUUCUUCAACCCGCUGAGCGCCGGGCAGCCGUUCUUCAUCCACCCGGGACAGUUUGCCAUGGCCCCCGGGGCCUUCUCCGCCAUGGGCAUGGGACACUUGCUGGCGUCCGUGGCCAGCAGCAGCGGUCUGGAAAACGGGGGGCUCCCGGCCACGCAGGGGACUCCCGGUGCAGCCGCCCCCUUCCCCUUCCACCUCUCCCAGCACAUGUUGGCUUCUCAGGGAAUCCCGGUGCCCACCUUUGGCGGACUCUUCCCUUACCCGUACACUUACAUGGCAGCGGCCGCCGCCGCCGCGUCCGCGAUACCAGCAACGAGCACGGCCUCCAGCUCCUUGUCCCGGAACCCCUUCCUGAGCAACGCCCGUCCUCGCCUGCGGUUCAGCCCUUACCAGAUCCCGGUCGCCAUCCCACCCAGCACCAACCUCCUCACCACCAGCCUGCCCGCCGGCUUGAACACCAGUUCAGAAGGCUCCAAGCCCGGGAGCAGCAGGGAGUCGAGCCCCCUCUCGGACCACCCCGUCCACAAGCCCAGUGGCCAGAGGGCGUCGUUGUCCCCCAAGGGCUCCUUAAAGGAUUCCAUCAAUGAACUUCAGAACAUCCAAAGACUAGUUAGUGGCUUGGAAAGCCAGCGAGACGUCUCCCCUAGCCGGGAGUCCCCCAAGUGACUGGCCACCGAGGCGGCUCCUUCGGACGGGAUGAUGUGUACAGCACAGUGUAUUUAUUUUAUAGCGAGGUGGAGUGGGAUUUUAAGAGCGGGCGGGGAGAACGAGGAACAGAGACGGCCGAGUGGGAGGUCCCACCACCUCCGCUGGAUCGCCAAGGGGAGCGUGUUACGAUCCAGCGGUAUAACUGGGUGGGACGAAGCCGAGAUCCAUCCAGCGCUGGUCCCACGUUCUGGGAUUCAACCUUUCCUUGCCACCGGCCUCCAGAUACACCCGGCCUUCGCUCUGGAGAUUUCACAGCAAAGGUCCCGAAUUCUUCUUGUCUCCUACUUUGGCUGAGACCAGAUUGCGGUCUGAACAAGACUACCUAUAUUAUAUUACCACAUUUAUGGAGGGUCCCGGAGGGCGUCGUGUUGGAUGGAUGCUUAAAGGGCACUCGCUUCUAACUGUUUCAAUUUCUGAAUCACUGUUGGAAAGGCAUUUGGCUUUUUUUCAUGGUUUAUUGGAACAAACUCUCGAAUCAGACACUGCUUUGGGUCCUGUUAUCUAAAGCAAGAAAGUGGGAGAAAGUUUUUUUUAAAAACAACAAAUUCUAGCAGAACGAACAUGGAAGGUUCGUGCGAGACAAUGCAGAUGAGAGAAGCAAAACUUUUCAAGCUGUUACCCAUUUACCCGUCAUUCUUGAAGGGCCAUAAGAUACUGACACAAAACAACAAACCCAAAAUUUCAGAAUUGGUACAAUCCACGUGACUUUCUCUUUCUUUCUCUUUUCGGACUCUCCCUGUGUACCAGGAAAAAAAAUUAAAAAGGAAAAAGAAACCUAAUAUUUAUGGAAUAAAUGGUAAUUUCUGUAAAUAAGCUAUACAAAUCCCAAAAUAUGCAAAAAUUUGUAUUAAUUUAUUUAGAGUUGUACAUUGGAGUGUACAUAAUUAGAGUUUAACUCAUCACAUUUAAUUGUUCUUUUUUCAUUUUAUGUGAACAUACCUAUUGUAAAUGAAGACCUAUUUAGCUCUUUGUGAAUGAAAGAAAAUAUUGGUUUUCUUUUGACUUUUUGUGGCUGAACAAAAAAAAAAAAAAUGUUUACCCUGCUUGUCCGAAGACAAUCAUGUGCCAUCAGGACCACUUUUAGGAAAUGAAGAAAAAGGGGUUGAAAACCUUUUUUAAAUCCUUUUCAAAGGGACUUUAGAGGGGACACCCCCUCCUAAUAUAUAAUCAUUCAAAUAGCGAUGCAACACUGAGAGAAUGGAUGAAACAACACAAUCUCUUUUAUACUGCAGGGUAUAAUAAAAAAAAUUAUGCAGGAAUAAACCUCAGGUUUUUAUUUUUCACUCCAGAACAACCAAGGGGGGCAGAAAGCCCCACCACAAACAUUUAAAAAUAUACUAAAAUUUAAAAUAUCACCUCGACAGUGUGCUAUAUAUUGUUUUAAUUUUUUUUUAAAGAGAGAUGAUUAGAAAUGUGCCGGUUAUUCGGGUAUCUAUCUGUUCCAUUUUUUUGAUGAGUCCUUUCAAUAAAAAAUA